AUGCCGUCUCGAAAACGCCCACUUGCAGCCAUUGACGGCGAUGAUGGCGAAAAUGAGCCGUCCUUGCAGCACCGUAUUCGAAAUAUGUGGCAGUUUGCGAACCUAUGCCAAUGGAUCUAUAUCUUUGGCAAGGCUGCGAAAAUCGACGAAGCCAUUGACGUCGAGGAGAUUGAGGCAGAGUGCCUGAAACCAAACUCGAUCAUGUUGGCAGAUAUUGCCCUUGCUCUUCUCAAACUCGUUUCGUCGCAUCGCGGUUUAACGUAUGUUCCACCAUUUGAUGCGCAAAUCUUAUUGCUAACUCGCAAGCAUAGGCAUGACAUCUUCGACGAUCAAAUGCGCAAGCAGUUCUCGAAUAAAUCGCCGAAUUACAAUCCUUUUGGUACUACUGAUGCACCCCUGAAAUUCAACGACUUCGAUAUCUUUACAAAGAUUAGGGUCAUGCAACAGUUGACGCAAUGGGUGAUGAUGCAUCCUGAGCGGAUCCGCGAUAAAAUGGAAGAGCAAAAGGAUGCCGAGCAAACAAGUUGGCGGAUAGAACCCUACGGUUGGGAUUCGAAUGAUCGAACGUACUUUGUGCUCGACGACAACCGAAUAUACCGACUUACAGAAGCCCCACCAAUCGUCAAAACAGCCAAGCCCAAGAAGUCAAGAUUAUCAUAUGGCAGCCGACGCUCAAGUAAACGAAGACGCAGUAAUAUGAACGCCGAAGAAGAAGCGACCGAAACAGAUCAAGAAACGAAGGAUGAGACGCCUUCAGAAAACGACGGCCUCGGCGGGAUGACAUGGGAAUGUCUUGCUGUAACCUUGGACGAUGUACGAGCUGUUGUUGACAGUUUCCGUAAGACUCGCGACGAAAACGAAAAAAUUCUACGAGACCAGCUAGAAGAGCAUCUCGUUCCGAUUUUGGAAAGGCAAGAACAAUCUCGACAACGGAGGGAACUACAGCGAGACCGCGAACUGGCAAAUGCAGCCAAAAUGGCAAACGCGAAACGAUCGAGUCGAAUUGCUGGAAAGAUUGAGCAGCAGAAACAUGAUGAACAUAUUCGAGAAGAGGAGCGACAGCGACGAGAAGAAGAAGCAAACAGACAGCGAGAAGAGCUAGCACAAACCAAGAAGGAAAAGGAGCGCGACAAACGCAUGAUCUCACGAGAACAGCGACUGCGAGAGCGAGAGACCCGGCGUAUUCAACACGAGGAAGAACUUGCGCAACUCUCAGAGGACAGCAAGAAUCUUUCAAGCAGUGGACGUGUUUCCGAGCGUCGUCUCAAAGUAGAGAUCGAAAGAAACAAGCAGGCUUUGAAAGAGCUGGAGGAGGAAGAAGACGACUGGAUCUUUGACUGCACCUGCGGUCUCUAUGGCCAAGUCGAUGACGGAGCUCACAGCGUAGCCUGUGAGAGGUGUAAUGUCUGGCAGCACAGUAAGUGUAUGGGGCUUAGCGAAGAAGCCGCCGACCAGCCAGAGUUUCAUUACAUUUGUACGUCUUGCACUCGUCGUGAGCAAGAGGCCAAGCGACCCAGACCAACUAUCAAACUGAAACUCAACCGUCCGACCAGUUCAGGCACAGAGCCAGAGAGGCGUGGGUCUUUGGGUCACGAUGGAUCGCUUGCCAACGGGGAGCAGUUCCGGAGGGUUGACAAGACAUCUGAUGGAAGUCGCAACACAGUCAAAGACAGCGUUGAAGACGGCUUGGCCUUGUUGGCCACUGCGCAUGGCGCUACUGCAAAUGGCGCCGACUUCAUCAAUACAACGAUUGACGCCCGCUCAGGACCGACCAGGGGCUUGUUCGGCACACCCAAGAUGACACCGGUGAUCCCGGCACCUGUUAAGCUAGAUGCUAGCUUUCAGGGCAGCCCUUCAGGUAGCGUGGCCAUGACCAGUCCAAUGACGUCUUUCCGAACUCCCAGCCCUUCUAAAGGCAUGGACAGCUUUCAAGGGGAUAAGACAGUUGAAUCAGCGUUGAGUACACCUCAGAUCAGUCGCGAAAUUUACAGAGCAGCACAUGAACAGAAUGGAACACUACCCUCUACCGCUGGGCUCUCUCCGACAAAGCACUCGCCCCCUCGUCCGUUAGAUUCUGCCAAGUCAAACAGAUUCAAGGCUGCUACUCCAAUAUUACCUCCUAUCGCACUAUCGCCGUCCCCACAGCAUCAGAUUCUGACACCGCCAACCAAGCACUCAGAGCCACCAAGACCGUUCGAAAACCGAUGAGAACUCCAAACACAGAACUUUGGUAAGGCAUGGCACGGAUGUUUUUAAGCCGCUCUAACAGUUGAUCUGACAGCCAAUACCAGGCGAACAUUAACGAAACAAACCGACCUACUGCUCUUAUUGGAGAGACGCAAUGGUAUUCACAGACAUCGCUUGUCAUGGGACCUCAAACGAGACUGAUUUUAGCACAACAACACCACUUUACCUUAUCUGUAUGAAUUCUAAUGUCGUCCUCAAGAUCAAAUCAGGCAAGUGAGCGACCAACAGGAGUUAUGGUCGAGCGUACUGCGCCAACGCGAAACGCGAAUGGCCGAACCCAUACCGAAAAUAGGGUGUCAACUAGCAACACCAUACCAUUGAAACAUGGUGGUCAGGAACAAAUGGUCAAAGCUUGCGAGAAAGAGGCAUGUUUCUCUUUUGGGCGUCAGGGCAGAAUAGAACAGAAUAGUCCUGAUGGAAGGAAAUGAUCUACCAAAACAGAACCAACAGACCAGGCUAGGACAGGGAUUGAUGAGGCUGGACAAGUAUGGACUAUCUGGUUGGUCAAUUGUUCGGCUACCGCGACAUCAAACAGACGUUUACCAGCAACACCGCUUGUGGCCGCGUGGUCCCAGUUAUCCGGCACUUGAAGCAAACAUACUGCAGCCACCCAUUGAACAAACCUGGAGGUAGGUAGCAAUACAAGACAGAAAGAAAACAGUGAUGCAUCAAGCAGGGAUUGUGAGAAUACCUCACCAGACAACGAUAUGUGUAUGUUGCUAAACCAAAGACCAGUUGUGGAUAAUAAAUUAAUUAAUCGAACCAGCCAAACUCCUUGUCUACGUGUUUUACUAUCGAUGUGAAUAAAGUCCGAAGCUAAGUUGGGAUGACAGAUGACGGAGAGGGGCACGUCAAAGGAAUGCGCCAUGGCUGAACUAGCGGCGUGCGAAUAGGGCGAUGCAGGGAAGCACAAUCGAAAGCAUGACAUUCUAGUUCUAUUGAAUGGAUUGCGGCUUGACGCCAAGCGGGCCUAUCUCUUAAACUCAUAGGGUCUCUAUUCUGACCUAUUCUUUGACCUGGCCCGGGCGUUGUGUGGUGGAUGGAUGGUCGGCCAACGACACAUGAAGAUGCAGCUUGGAGAGAUCAACCCUUGGGCAACGGCCUGCAUUGCGGUCUGUUUCCUGACAUUAUGGUCGUCUGCUCCGCUUCUCUUUGAACCAAAACGUUGCUUGUCUAUUUGUGGGCAUGGUCCUGGCGUUGUAGACAAGUCUAGGGUAUCAGAGUGUCCCCAGACAUGAUGUACAUACAAAACCACAUGCGGCGGCUCUCAAAGAAACAUAACAAAGGGAACUCUACUAUGUCUUCUAUCUUCAGGGCCGCAUAAGACCAAUAUCUACUUUCUAACACCAGACUUAACUCUCC